AUGGAUAGAGAUUAUUUCGUUGAUGAUAUGAGAGUGAUAGAUGAAAUUAAUGAAGUGGUUAAGCAGAUUCCAUUAAUGAGACGUGUAAAAUUUUAUAAAAUUCGUAAGAAUCCACUGGAAGAACUUCAAGAAGCCGAAUUUAAAAUUAAAUACAGAUUUUCUCGCGGUACUACCGUUUUCCCUAUUGACAUGAUGAAAAAUGAUUUGGCCGGUGAUUCAAGAGGUGGAUUUAUACCACCCCAUCCGAAUGUUUUGACUGCCAUAAGAACAUGGGCCCGUGGAGAGAUACAAGAUGAUGCAGGAGAUCUAAGUGGAAUGAGUCAGCCAACAAUAUCACUUGUAUGCAAACAAGUUGCUUUAGCACUAGUAGCACAAAGAGCAAAGUGGAUUAAAAUGCCACAAAGUGAUGUGGAGCGGAACCAUGUGAUUGCAGGUUUUUAUUCAGUAUGUGGAUUUAGACUAUUGAUUGCAUACAUAUUCGAAUCACGAAAACAGAUUCAUUAUAAUCUCCUUAAUCUAUUAUUUCAUAUUAACAAAGCUAUGAGUACUUUGUUUCAGGUUGUGUCAAAUGCUAAUUUAGAGAUCGUGGAUAUAGUGGCACAUUGGCGAGGCACCACACAUGACUCAAGAAUAUUUGAUGAAAGUCGCAUUAAACAAAGGUUUGAGCAGUCAGAAUUUAAAGGCAGGCUUCUCGGAGAUUUUGGUUAUGUUUGUACUCCUUAUUUAUUCACUCCCAAUACACAAAAGAAAGAAAUGUACAACCGGUCGCACAUCAAAAUCCGAAACACUGUAGAACGAUGCUUUGGAGUGUGGAAACAAAGGUUUCGGUGUUUACAACUAGAACUUAAUACAAAAUUAGUGAAUACAAAAGUAUAUAUUGUUGCAUUGGCAAUACUACACAACAUUGCAAUGUACAAGCAAGAUGCAGUAGAAGAUAAUGGAAAUGUUCCAGUCACAGAAUUAGUAAAUAACUCCCUAAGAGGAAAUUCAGUACGGGCAGCAUUUAUUAAUGAAAAUUUUUAA